AUGACCAACCUUGAACCUGCCCAGCGCUUUGUUGAUUUUGUGAACACAUCUCCAUCGCCAUACCAUGCUGUUCACAAUGUCAAGUCCAUGCUUGUGAAGAAGGGUUUCGAGGUGUUGAAGGAGAAGGACGCUUGGAACAUCAAACCCGACUCGAGUUACGUGGUGACUAGAAAUGGCUCCUCGUUAAUAGCCUUCACCACAGGCAUUGACUACAAGCCAGGUAGCCCUGUGGCAAUUAUUGGUGCUCACACUGACUCGCCAUGUCUCAGAAUUAAGCCCAUAUCGAAGAAGACAAACCAGGGAUUCAUCGAGAUAGGCGUGGAAACAUAUGGUGGACUUAUUGCCCAUUCUUGGUUUGACCGUGACUUGUCUGUUGCCGGCAGAGUGUACAUUCGUGACGAGAAUGGCGACUUUGUUCCCAAGUUAUUGCACUUGAACAAGCCAUUGAUGAGAAUCCCUACGUUGGCAAUUCACUUGAACAGAGAAGCUAACACCAAGUUUGAGUUCAAUCGUGAGACAGAGUUGCUUCCAAUUGCUGGCCAAGAGCAAUUUGGACACUCAUGCGCCGAUGAUCCUGCUUUACAAUUCCCUGAGGAUGCUUUCAAUGCUGUGAAGCACGUUGUGGAGCGUCACAAUGAAUCUCUCGUUAAGCUUAUUGCCAGUGAGCUAAACGUUGAGCCCAAGCAAAUUGAGGAUUUUGAAUUAGUGCUCGGUGACUACCAGCCAGCCACAUUGGGUGGUUUGCACGAUGAGUUCAUCUUUGGUCCUCGUCAGGACAACUUGACGUCUUGUUUUGCUGCCGCAGAAGCUCUCGCAGAUGCUCACCCAAGCAAUAAUGGUGUAGCCAUGAUCUCCUUGUUCGAUCAUGAGGAGAUAGGCUCUGUGUCAGCCCAAGGUGCUGACUCGUCGUUCUUACCAGACGUACUCUCUCGUCUUUCGGCCAACGAAAGUGGCGAGUUCCCUCGUAUGUGUGGCCGUUCAUUUUUGCUCUCCUCGGAUCAGGCGCACGGCAUCCAUCCCAACUACGAGAGAUUCUACGAAAAGGCCAACAAACCUGAGGUGAAUAAAGGACCUGUUAUCAAGAUCAACGCCAAUCAAAGGUAUGCCACCAACUCAAGAGGCAUUGUUCUCAUCAAGUCCAUUGCAGAGAAGGCUCGUGUUCCGUUGCAAUUGUUCGUGGUGAGAAACGACUCCCCAUGCGGAUCCACCAUUGGGCCCAUGCUCUCUGCUAAGUUGGGAUUGAGAACACUUGACUUGGGUAAUCCACAAUUAUCCAUGCAUUCCAUUAGAGAGACUGGUGGAUCACACGAUAUCGAGCGUUUGACAAUAUUGUUUCAGGAGUUUCUCUCGAGAUUUGUCGCUGAAGAUGCAAAGAUUGAGUGCGAUUAA